AAGCCCCUCCUAUUUCCUGUUUCGUAUUUCACCAUAGGUUUACUUUGAACAAAACCCUCGCUUAAGUCACCAAAACCCUGGCCGACUAUCAUCCAGACUCACCCGUCGUUGAAACCCCGACACCGCCGGCGACGUCAAGAUAACGAUUGUGAAGAAUGAUUUCAGCAAUAUCAUGGGUUCCUAAAGGAUCUUCGAAAGCUGUCCCUUCUGCAGCUGAUCCUCCUUCAAAAGAGGAAAUCGAGGAGAUAAAGAAGACAGUUCUCGUGGAACAAGGUGUGGAUGUUGAAAGCGAGGAAGAUGAUGAAGAUAUGAGUGUUGAUGCAUCCAAACAGCCUGCUGAAAUCGAGCAGGCGUUAGGUGCAGCUAAUGCACUUGGUAAGGCUUCUACAAGGAAAGCUGGUGGAUCUGACCUCCGUGACAUAGCAGAUGGUUUAGAUGAACUAAACAUGGAUGAUUAUGAUGAUGAAGAUGAUGCCAUUGACAUAUUUGGUUCGGGGCUUGGGGACACGUUCUAUCCAAGCAAUGAAUUAGACCCUUAUAUCAAGGAUAAAGAUGAUGAUGAGGACUCUGAAGAGCUUGAAGAUGUGAUUAUCAAAGCCGAUGAUGCUGUUGUAGUUUGUGCACGAAAUGAGGAUGAUAUGAGUCAUCUAGAGGUUUGGAUAGUAGAGGAUCCAGAGGGUGAUUCAAACAUGUAUGUUCACCAUGAUAUUCUUAUCCCUGCAUUUCCUUUAUGCACAGCAUGGCUUGAUUGCCCAAUUAAAGGUGGAGAAAAAGGAAAUUUCAUAGCUGUGGGCUCGAUGGAACCUGCAAUUGAAAUAUGGGAUCUUGAUAUUAUGGAUGAAGUGCAACCAUCUCUCAUAUUAGGUGGUGUUGCUGAGAAAAAGAAGAAGAAAAAGAAAGGAAAGAAAGCCGAGAAAUCCAUCAAGUACAAAGAAGACAGUCACACUGAUGCUGUUCUUGGUCUUUCUUGGAACAAGGGGUAUAGGAAUAUACUUGCUAGUGCAAGUGCUGAUAAGUUAGUGAAGAUUUGGGAUGUGGCUACUGGAAAAUGCAAACUUACCAUGGAUCAUCAUACAGAUAAGGUUCAAGCAGUUGCAUGGAAUCAUCAUGAGCAUGAAGUUCUUCUUAGUGGAUCCUUUGAUCAUACAGUAGUCAUGAGGGAUGGAAGGGUUCCUACACAUUUAGGGUUUAAAUGGUCUGUUAGUGCUGAUGUUGAAAGUUUGGCGUGGGACCCACAUGAGCAACACUCCUUUGUGGUGAGUUUGGAGGAUGGUACAGUGGUUGGAUUUGAUAUCAGAACAGCAACAUCUAAUCCAUCAGCUGAGUUGAAGCCAAAUUUUACACUUCAUGCACACGAUAAAGCUGUUUGUGCUAUUUCUUAUAACCCCAUUGCACCAAAUCUUCUUGCAACCGGUUCUCAAGACAAAAUGGUCAAACUAUGGGAUCUAUCAAACAACCAACCUUCAUGUAUUGCCUCACAGAAUCGCAAAGCGGGAGCUAUCUUUUCAUUAUCUUUCUCACAAGAUUGUCCCUUUUUGCUUGCUCUUGGUGGCUCUAAAGGAAAUUUGGAGUUAUGGGACACAUUAUCGGAUGUUGCUAUUUCAAGAAGGUUUGGGAAAUACGCUGUGCAAAAUAAGAUACGGUUUCUUCUCGAUAAGCUAGUUUUGUUCUCAAGAAAAGCAAGAAACUUGAAGCUAAACCUAACACACAAAAGCAACCCCACCAAAUGA